AUGACCGCGCUCGCAUAUGCCGCUGAGCACGGACAGCAAGACGCCGUUCAAUCAUUGCUUGAGCAAUCGGACAUUGAGGUAGAAGCAAGAGAUGCUCAUGGUCAAACGCCGCUCUCACGCGCUGCCUGUCAUGGACAUGAACAAGUCAUUCGACUACUUUUGUCCCAUCCAAGAGCUAGAGCACAUUCGAGAGAUGAAUCCGGUCGGACGCCGCUCUCCCUUGCUGUUCAAAAUGGGCAUCCAAAUGUGGUUCGAUUACUACUCAAGCGACCAGAGGUCGAAGCUGGCGCAAAAGAUGACAAUGGUCUGACCCCAAUCUGGCAAGCCGCCUGGGGUGGCUACAAGGACGUCGCGGCACUCUUACUGGCCCGACGCGAUGUUGACGCCAACGUGAGAGAUGAUGAUGGUACGACGCCGCUUUGGCGCGCCGCUUGGCGUGGGAAACAUGAAGUUGUCCGACUGCUGCUAGCACAAGCAGGCAUUGACGCUGACGCAAAAGACAGGAAUGACCUGACGCCCCUGUGGUUUGCCGUCUGGAAUGGACACGCAGACGUUGUUCCGCUGCUGCUGGCCAGACCAAAUGUCAACGCCGACAUUCGCGACAGGCACGGUUUGACGCCGCUCUCGCGUGCUGCUAGCAGGGGAAACAUGGAAAUUGUACAACACCUCCUGACCCGGCCAGACGUCAACGCAGAUGCAAGAGACAAACAUAAUCGGUCGCCACUGUCUUAUGCGGCCGAGCGCGGACACAGAGACAUUGCCAAGCUGCUGCUUGAUCGAGAAGAUGUCGAAGCAGAUUCGAGGGAUAUCAGCGGCUCGAGCCCGCUUUGGUACGCGUCGUGGAGUGGGCAUGCACAAGUUGUUGACUUACUGCUGGCCCGACCUGGUGUCGAAGCAGACGCCAAGGGCGAGCGGGGCUCGACUCCGCUCUCGUAUGCCGCCUGGGGGCUGGGGGGAGGGGGGGGCAUCUGCUAG